GGUCAGUGCCAGUGACGACGCCGACUGGAGGUGACGCUGCUGGGCUGCUCUUCCAUUUACCGACAACUCUACCUUACCAGGCUACCAGGCUACCUGACUACCUGACGCCCACUCCACUUCUUGUUUCUCUUCAUCUCUAAGUCUCCCCUUCUCACCUCGCAAUCCCUCUUCUGCUUCUCUUCGUCCGACCCCGGCCUGCAUGCUUCGCUAAAGAGGCUACUGGACGCCGAUUGGGCUUUCCUUGUCUUCCAUAUUGCAUUUGUUAUGAAUUACACCGACCUUCUUGUUGUAUAAUGUUUCAUUGUUGAAUUAACGACGACAUGCUUCCCUCUCAAAUAAAUGGCUCCCCCAAACGAGCCAAUCCGUUCAGUCGCGCCUCACCAUCUCCCUCGUCACCUCCCGGUCCGCAGGCGAGAGGGCUGCGCCCCAAGUCGACUGUUGUCACAUCCCCCAGUAGAUUUCAAGAGGCACGAGGACAUUUCCGCAACGCAUCUUCAGUCUCGCAGUCAUCCACUUCCCUGGUUCCUCGGCCCGGCAUCCGUCAGAGGUCGGGCUCGUUAAGGAAUGAUGCUGCAUCCGGGACUUUCGCGCCUGAGUUCAUAAAAACGGAAGAGCUUCGACGGGGUGCCGAUCAAAUCCGAGGACUGGAAGGCGACAAUGACUUCUCUGGGAAUAAAUAUGUCUGGUUGCGUGACCCCGAGAAGGCAUUUGUGCGUGGAUUGGUCUUGGAGGAAGGUGAAGAUGGUCGCUUGCUAGUGCAGACUGAUGAUGGCGAGGUACAUUCGUCCAAUGUUUCGACCUGGGCGCUCUGGCUAACUGUAACGCAGCAACGAGAGGUUGAUGUUGAUCAAGUGGACAAGGUUAACCCGGCAAAGUUCGACAAGGCUGAUGAUAUGGCUGAAUUGACGCAUCUCAAUGAGGCAUCAGUCGUCCACAAUCUGCACACCCGAUAUCAAUCAGAUCUCAUAUAUACAUACUCGGGUCUAUUCCUCGUCACAAUCAACCCGUACUGUCCUCUGCCUAUUUACUCCAACGACUACAUCAAGACGUACAAAGGUCGCAGCCGGGACGAAAACCGCCCCCAUAUAUUCGCUAUGGCGGAUGAAGCGUUCCGGAACUUGGUAGAGGAAGGGGAGAACCAAAGCAUACUGGUUACGUAAGUUGAAUACCACUGGACACCACGGAAGUCAGUUGGAAACUCAUUUUAACAACAAUACCAGCGGUGAGUCUGGCGCCGGUAAGACUGAGAACACCAAGAAGGUCAUCCAAUAUCUGGCAGCCGUUGCGACUACAGAUACGCCCUAUGCCCGGGCAGGAAAUAAGCAUCUGUCAACAUUAUCACAACAAAUCCUUCGUGCGAAUCCGAUCCUCGAAGCGUUCGGCAACGCGCAAACUGUUCGGAACAACAACUCCUCCCGUUUC